AUGGAUUUGUUAGGGAUCCGAGAGAACACGGCCUCCAGGCCUUCGCUUAUCUCUUCAAUAUGGUCAUUGCAGGUUCAAACACAGGUGAAUUUAAGUUUGUUUAAGGUUGGAAAGAAAGUUCUUGCCAUUUUUCGUUUUGUAAAGAAAGUUCUUGCCAUUUCUCUUUUUGUAAAGAAAGUUCUUGCUACUCUACGAAGCUAUGGGGCGUAUUUUACCUAAAAAUCCCUUUAAGGAACUAAAUUUAAAUCCAUUUUUCAAUUUAAGCCCUGAGGCUAAUAAGGUUUCUUUGUUCGAAACACGUCAUUUCCCGACGUCAGAAGGCAAUUUCAGAUGAAGCAGAUAAUUUUUGGUGUGGGAAUUGGCAUUAGAAUUUUUUAAACUAAUUUUGAAAAAUUUUUUUUGAAAUUUAAAUUUUUUUAAAUUUUAAAAAUUUUUAAAUUUUUAAAAAAAAUUUCAGAAUUGAAAACAGAUAUUAAAUUUUAAUUUUAAACAUUUUCCAGAUUAUAAAAAUUUUUUAAUAUGAAGAAACUUUCUUUACAGCAAGAACCCACAAACCUAGAAUUACCGACCGGUUCACAACAAUCACUACCUCAACUGCUCGAAAAUGCCCCAACGACCAGUAAUGACGAUGGGAAUGGGCUUCGGCAUACUAGGAGCUUGUCAGGUAUGUUAAUUUUGCUAAAUUUAUGAUUAAAUUCAAUAAUUUGCACUGUUCAGCCUUUUGUUUUGAUUGCACCGUGCAGUUUUUAUUUUGAUUGCACCGUGCAGUCUUUAUUUUGAUUGCACCGUGCAGUCGUUAUAUUGCUUGCACCGUACAUACUUUGUUUUAAUUGCACAGUGCAGUCAUUUUUAUGUCUUUGCACCGUGCAAUCUUUCUAUUGUUUGCACUGUGCCGCCUUUAUUUUGAUUGCACUGUGUAGUCUUUAUAUUGAUUGCAUUGUGCAAUCUUUCUAUUGUUUGCCUGUGCAGUCUCUAUCUUGCUUCCACCGAGCAGACUUUAUUUAAAUUGCACCGUGCAGUCUCUAUUUUUUUGCACAGUGCAGACUCUAUUGUGCUUGCACUGUGCAGUCUUCAUUUUGAUUGCCCCGUGCUGUCUUCAGUUUGAUUGCACAGUGCAGCCACUUUUAUAUCUUUGCACUGUGCAAGGCCACAAAUAUCUACCUUUCUCUCAAAAAAACGUUAUUAGCUAUAAUAAUAUAAACUAAUAACGCAACAAAAACCUUUGUCAUGGAUCCAGCUAGUAUGUCGAGUGUAAAACAUCUCAAUUUUCGUAAUUUUCGUCGCAUUUCAGAGCUAAAUUCCCUGUUUCGCGACGAUGAGAAGGGCUGUCGAAUGCAAGAAGCGCCUUCAUUCGUAUGGCAAAAGGACACUUCACAGUGCGCUGAGAACAAAAUAACGAAGCAACAGAAGGAGAAGAACAUUUGCGAAUGGCUACAGAAGCUACAGUUCAACGAAGGUGUUAGUCAAGCGAUGAGUACGAGCGUUUCGCCGACUAUGAGCAGUCGGUAG